AAUAAUAAUAAUUUAAUUCGGUGUACAAGUCGCAAUAAAACAAAUGCGACAAAUACUACACGAGUAUAAAGGAUUUAAUUGUAAGCAAUUUAAUAACUGAAAAUGUUAUAUCGAUCAAUUGAUCUUCUUCUACUGAUCAACUUCAUAAUAUAAUUUAUUUAUCAAAAUUGGAUUAACAUUGUUGAAAAUCUCCGCUUAUGAUUGAAAAAUCAUAUAAUGGUUAUCAUUAUACUUAAUUCAUUCGUUUAUAAGGCUAAAUGCUACUGGAAAUUUUAGUUGAACUAGAAGUACGUUAAAGAAAUGAUUCUACAGAUACAUUAUCGUACAAAUGGUGAAUAUCGUUCGAUUCGAUGAAUGAUCUUUCGAUAAAAAUUUAAUUAAGGAAACGAAAACAAUAGAAGAUAGAACCAUCAUUACAACAACGAACAACUUAUCACAGUAUAAGUAAAAUUUACUGCACGGUAAUACGAUUACUUGUACUGCAAGUUUGGUUACCAUCAGAAUCUGGAUCUCGAUCCGUAACAGUAUGAGAGGCGCUUGGUAAUGGAACAAUUUCAGGUUCAAGCGGUUUUACAGGACAGUCUACAUCUUCAACGAUUACUUCUUCUGCUAAACUGCUCCUUACAGCUUACCAUUAAAUGCUUGAGGAUAUUGUUGACUUAGUUUGUUCUUUACAAUACGAAUCCUUUUAAAAAUAUAAUCCAGAUCUCUCUUCAUCUCCACUAAUAAUGCUGUGUGUUUUUUGAAUUCGUUGCCAGCAGUUUUUAAUCUAUUUAUCGACAACUGAUUGCAAUUGGUCAACAUUUCAUUAGUUUUUUCAAAUCUCUGCAACCUGUAAAACAAUGAUAUUGGUAAACGACAGAUACAUUUGCAUAUGGAAAGGAAUAUUCAGAAAAGUAUUCUUACAUUUGCUUUUGAGCUCUUAUCAUAGAUUCUACGUCCUGUUGAUCGACAAUUCCAGCCAAACCUUGAAUAAAUACUUCUGGUGCAGUGUAAUUUUGAAAGCACUCGAAACUUCCAGUAUCAGAUUCUGGUGUACCUUGUGCUGUUGCCAUCUUUUUAUUUUUUUAUUUUUUAAAUCUUAUGUUGCAUAAAUACAAUAUUUAUUCUUGUAUAAUCUUAACAUAACCAUAUCUGUUUGUUCUAGUGAAAUUCUCUAAUCAUAUUGUUUUCUCUUUAUAAUUCACACGAUAAAGUGCGUAUGUUAUUUUUAUAAACAUUUAUCAAGUUCGAAAAAUUUAUUGUAAAUAAACAACGUUAACCUUGACGUAAUCAUACAACGUAAUCAUAUAACACGAUUAAAGAACGCAAUAACAUGAAUUUCGUUUUUUUAAAGUUGUAUUUUUUUUUAAAAUUUUUGUCACAUGUUAGCUCAACGUACAAUGUCAACACACAAUGUACAACAUUGUGUAAGUAUUGAAAAUGUUCAUUUUUGCUGACUUACUGAUACUUGACGACAUUGUGUUUACUUAUAAUCUAAAAUCAAUGGCAGAAACGUCGUUUCGGUUUUCCAGAAAAUCAAGUAAAAUAAUUUUUUCACAAAUAACAGCUUUUCUUCAGCAUGAUGCAAUGUAAUUGAAUUUACAAUGUUUCCGAUUGAACUAAAUGUAUUAAACAAACCACACGCUUUGCUCUCAACAGCUGUUCGAAGUCAGAUGUUUUUAGAAAGGUUGGUAGAAGAUCCAGCAUUCAAAUUUCCACAGUGACUGUUGUAUCACAAACCGAAGCUUUCGUGCAGCGAAUAAUUCUAAGAAUCACGUGUGUCUUUCAAUUCAGAAUGGCACAAAAUAUAAAUCCAUUCUAUUCGUCUCAGAAUACUCCAAGUAAAGCUACAGAGGAAAAACAGAAUAUACCAAAAGACAAACAUGCAGUUAGUAAACGAUUGCAAAAGGAGCUCAUGGUUUUGAUGAUGAGUACAGAAAAAGGUGUUUCAGCCUUUCCGGAUGGAGAAAAUCUAUUCAAAUGGAUAGGAACUAUCACAGGACCAAGGGAUACAGUUUAUGCUGGUCUUACAUAUAAAUUAACUUUAGAAUUUCCCCAUAGUUAUCCAUAUAGUGCUCCAAUUGUACGUUUUGCUACUCCAUGUUUUCAUCCAAAUGUGGAUGCUGUAGGUAAUAUUUGUCUGGAUAUAUUAAAAGAAAAAUGGAGUGCUUUAUAUGACGUGCGUACUAUAUUGUUAUCUAUACAAUCUCUUCUUAGUGAACCUAACAACGAGAGUCCUCUCAAUCCACAGGCAGCAAAGUUAUGGAAUGACCAGACAAAGUAUAAAAAACAUUUAACAGAAGAAUAUCACAGAGCUCUGAAUAGUGAUCAGCCAGACUCAUGAUAAGUGUAUUUUUAUAAAAAUUUUGGCUCGUUCAUUAUUUUUAUUUCUAUCAAUGUUACAUCUAGAUAUAAGAUAUAGAAGAACAAACUGCACUGAAUUUUUGUACUUCAUUAUAGAAAAAGUUUCAUCUCCUAUUAUUUUUUGAACCUGCAUGUUCUAUCGUGCAAAAGGACGUACAAAUACUUUUUAUAUUGUUAGUCACGAUCAUCUUUAUUAUAUAAUUUAAUCAAUCUAUCUUGAUAAUGUAUAGAAAUUUGUAUCAUGCUUUUAAGACUGUAUAUGCGGAUUAAACAUUUUAUAUCAUCAAUUUGUACCACAAAUUUUUAUUUAUUUUUACUCUUAGUAUACAUAUUGGAUAUAUUUUGAAGUUUUCUAUCCAUACGAGUUACAGUGACCAUUGACGUUACGUCAUGAUUAUUGUAUAUUUAAAAAAUAUAAAUAUUUUAAACACUAACAUUAUAGAAUUUAUUAUACCUUUGCAAACUGUUUUGUUAAAAACAAAAUAUAUAUAACAAUAUAACAAUUUGUAUGAUUGAAUAAAGCUAUACCAAACUAAGUGGGUAAUCAUCUUCAAAAUAAUAGAUAUUAAAACAAUGCAACGUAGAAAAACUGUUCGAUUUGGACGGAUUUCAAACCACAAAUAGAAGGGCUUGAUAGAGGAAAAUUUACUAUAGUAGCAUGGGAUCCUCCAGGCUAUGGAAGAUCAAGGCCACCCGACAGGACGUUCCCAGAUGAUUUUUUUCAACGUGAUGCCAAUUGGGCAUACAAUUUAAUGAAAGCUUUAGGUUACACCAAAUUUUCAUUGAUAGGAUGGAGCGAUGGUGGUAUUACUUCUUUAAUGCUUGCUUCGAUGUUCCCUAAUAACAUUCGGAAGAUGGUAGCUGUUGCUGCGAAUGCCUAUGUAACGCCAGAAGAAGUCAAGAUUUACAAAAACACUUGGUCCGAGAAAAUGCGAGCACCAAUGAUUGAGGUAUACGGGACAGAAUAUUUUCGAAGGACUUGGUCUGAUUGGGUAGAUGCAGUUUUAAGAAUUUGCGAAAAGCAACACGGUGAUUUGUGCAAAGAGUUGUUAGCGAAGAUUAAAUGUCCUAGUUUGAUCAUUCAAGGAACUAAAGAUGCUAUGAUACUUCCCGAACAUCCAAUUUACUUGAAGGAUCACAUCGUCGGUGCAAAGUUUACAGCAAUUGUUCUACACUACGCUGAAUGUAUGAUACAGCAUAGAGGACACACGUGGGAUAACCGGCACAGAAAUCAAGUCAGAGAAAGGAGCUAUAGAAUCAUGUGGGCGACGAAGGCUUUCCGUAGGUUAGCAGCAAUUCAAUACCGAUGUCAAGAACCACCCGUCCGAAAUAUCCGCAAUGCGCUUCGGACGAAAAUCGAUCUCCCGGCUACUACGCCCCAACGAACCAUUUGCCAGGAAUUUGUCAGCAAUGCGAUACAAUAUUUCACUUUCUACAGAUAAAUGAUAUCUUCUUCUUUUACUUAUGAUCUCGAUGUGCGCGAUUUAUUUGUACCUUAAGAGCAAAUAUAGUAAUGGUAUAUAAGUAAAACGAAUAUUUAAGAUUCGUAUUGAGAUAUUGCAGGCAGAUAGAAAGUGGUCUUGUGCUACUUAUUAUAGUCAAGAAUACUCAUGCAGAUAUAGGGUACAUAUAUACAUCUGCUGUGUGCAAUAUAUCUCUACUAAAUUAAUUAAAAUUGUAGAAUUCGCAGGUCGUCAAGAAGAGCAAUAAACUACAAUAA